UAUUAGCUUAAUCAUCUUAAUGUAAAUUUUGGAUCUCAAUUUAGUUUAAUUAAUUGUUAAUUUCUUUUCCUCGUGUGAUCAAGGUUUUCUCGUUCUUUCUCCAUUUCCAACAAUUUGUUUUCUAUUUCAAACAUUUCGUCUGUGUAUCUAUUUUCUGGUUGAACAAUUGAUUCAAUUGUGAAAUUAUUAAUUUAUUAUUACUCAUUUUCUCAAUACGAUUGUAUUUUAAAGAGAGAAAACAAAAUUGUUAAUUGAUUUGUUCUCAAUUCGAUGAUUAAGUUUUUCGCAAGGUUUGAUUUGAUUUAAUUUCUUUUGUUUUAAACACACACACACAUACACAUCAAGUUGGAAAUUAAUAUCUCUCUCUUUUUGGUAAUGUCUCAAUUGGAAGUGGCCAAAAAUGAUGAAGAAAAUAAUGAUCAUUAUAUAAACAACAUUCCUCCCGAAGUCUUCAGGUACAUCUUAAGUCAUCUUCCUCAUUACAAUGAUCUUCUUGUAUGUAAAUUAGUUUGUAAAUAUUGGUAUGACUGUGUAAUUUCAACUUUGGAAACCAGAGCAAGGAAAUUCAAGACAUGCCUCCGAUCAUCAAAUAUUGAAUGGUACCAUUAUUAUCCACUCGAUACACCCCAUAUAUCAGCUAGAUAUUCACAUAGCUGUUGCCUUCAUUCAAAUUUAAUGUACAUCUUUGGUGGAUGUAAUAGUGGAAAGACAACAUUUAAUGAUAUGUGGACCUUUGAUCUCUCCCAACGCCAAUGGAUUAGGCCAAUAUCCUCGGGCAAUUAUCCACCUCCCAAAGCUUGUUGCUCUCUUGUCUCUUAUAAGGAUAAGCUCAUCUUAUUUGGAGGUUGGACACAUUCAUCAUCCAAUAGAAUCCAUGAUUCUUGGAAGCUUUUUAAUCAUAUUCAUGAAUUUGAUACUAAAACUUCAAGAUGGUCUCUAAUUGAAGUAAUGUCUGACUGUCCACCAAUGGCUGGACAUAAAGCUUGUAUAUAUGGUAUUGAAAUGAUUGUAUUUGGUGGUUUACAAUCAUUGGAAAAUGCUCCUUACAAUUAUUUGGCCAGUAACGAUGUAUUUGCAUUCAAUAUUUCCGGUCACACUUGGCGAAAGGUCAAUACUGAUGGUCCUAAACCACCUCCACGAUAUGGCCAUUCACAAUUGGUUAUUGAUGAUCAUCUAAUUGUACUCGGAGGAUCUUCGGGACCUAAAAAGUUUUUAUCCGAUUUCUGGAUAUUAGAUAUGAGAACUGAACCUUGGACUUGGCAUCCUAUCGAAGUUAAUUAUUCUCAGUCCAGUGAACCGCCAAUAAUUGGUACAAAUCCCGUUUGUAAGGUUGACGAUCUACUUGUUUGCUUGGGUCGAAAUGUAAAUAGCAAGAGUUCACCAUCACUAAAUGAUGUCAAUUUCUUUAAGAAAAUUUUAGAUCGACAUCGUUGUAAACCUUGUGGAUCUACCAACCGACCUCGAUAUCGAUUACAACCUCAACCCUCUCAACUUGAAAGGCGGAAAUUAAUGAGCUCCGGUAGAUAUGUGACAACAGAUAACGAAACAAACACCAUCAACAAACCAAUUAUCAAUUCUCGUUCCAUCGAAUCAACCAAAAGUCCACAAUCAAAAGGAGUUAAACCAAUCAAAUUAACUACCCAAAAGUCUCAUUUCUCUCCAAACUCUCAUGAUGCUCUCUUUCUAUACACAUUAGAUAUUUCUCGAAUUGUAACCGAAAAGAAAGUCACCUGGUUACCACAAGAAAAUCACGUACCCGGACCACAACAACUUCUUCUUUAUAGUCUCGUUGUUGGCGAUUCUGAGAUCAUCAUGUUCGGUGGUGUUCGCCUCGAAAAUGGACUAAGCAAUAAUUCCAGUGUUUCAAAUUCUAUUUACAUUGUUACUGCCCAAAAAACGAUUAUCUAAUUUAAACGAUUACACAAUUAGUCGUAAUCAAUAUUGUUGCCUUUAAAUUCAAUGAUAAUCACAAGUGAUUAUCAUCAAUUGAAAUGUUAAUUCAAUCAUCUUUAAUCAAUCUCAAUCAAUUUUUGUUUUACUCUAAACUAAAACUGAGACUUUAAACAUUUGACAAUUAACAUCAUUUUCUUAUGAUGAUUAAAGAAAAACAAAAUAUUUAUUUUUGAAAUCUCUUCAAAUUAAUAUUAUUAACCCAAUUAGUGCAUCUUGACAAUCAACUAAUUGUCCUUAAAUCAGUUAUAAAUGACAUUUCAUCUGGACUUUGUUGAAUGUUGAAUAUAAUUAUUGAUUA